AUGGAAGCUUCCAAGACCCCCGUAAAGCUGGUCAAGGUGACCAAGGUUAUUGGCCGUACCGGCUCCCGUGGUGGUGUCACUCAGGUCCGCGUUGAGUUCAUGGACGAUUCUACCCGUUCUAUCAUCCGUAACGUCAAGGGUCCCGGUACGUUUUCUACAUUGAUUCGUCCUUUGCGACGAAUUCCCGACGGUUCUCGUAGUCGCGAUUUAGACAUACUAACCUUGCUCGAUUCAGUCCGCGAGAACGACAUUCUUUGCCUGCUCGAGUCUGAGCGUGAAGCCAGACGUCUGCGCUAA